UUCUGCAGGAGGUGUUGCACCUGGUGGUGAACCAUGACGAUCCUGACCGCGAAGUUGGCAGCUCUGUCGGUGCUAGCCGUGGUGACGUUGGCAGUCGGCCUGCUGCCUUUGAAACUGCGCCCGCGAGGUUCCAGUGCGAAGCACGGGUGCUUGUCCGCAGCAGCAGCGACAUCUGCCGUGCUCUGCUUCGGCGCAGGCGUUCUCCUGGCAACUGCGUUUCUUCACAUGCUGCCCGAGGCCCGACAGAACCUAAUGGCGGAACCGGAACCCGCCCAUCCGAACGAACACGAUGCGCAUGCUCACGCACAGCACGCACAUCCGCACGAACACGCGCACGCUCACGCUCACGAGGAAGAACAUUUGCACAGCGAAACCGUUUUCCCCUGGGCGGAACUAGUGAUGUGCGCGGGAUGCAUAGGGAUCUACCUGGUGGAGGAAAUCGGACACGGCGUGAUUGAGAAGCAGAAGGCGUCGGUCGUGCCUGAGCUGGCCAGGAGUUUCAGCGUGAGGGGCUCCACCAGAGGGCGUCCUCCGCAAGUGGCGGCGUCGUCAGUCGAGAACGGGGAAGCCAAGUCCACCGCAGACCUUGUCCAAGAACCGUUGAACAGCAUCCCAGCAAAUAACUUGGGAUUCGGGGUUUUAGCUGAUAGCUCAUGGUCUGCUAGACAGCUCUUGGGUGCAAGCCCCAACUCCCUUUGUGAUCAAAUCCAGCUCCUGAGAGGAGCUAUCACCCCAGCUGGUGCCAACUUGUGCACAGCUGGGCAACUCUUGAAACUGGAGUCUUGGAAGCAGGGCAUGAGAUCAGCUGUGGCUGUGGCAGCAUUGUCCCUUCAUGCUCUCUUCGAAGGCCUCGCGAUUGGGCUCGAAGACGAAGUUGUCAAUGUCUGGGUGGUGUUCGUCGCCAUCGGAGCCCACAAGUUCAUAAUUGCAUUCUCAAUCGGAAUGCAGCUGGUGGUUGCUGAAACCCGGAAGGCCUUAAUCAUCAUCUACAUGCUCUUGUUCGCCCUCUUUUCCCCUCUCGGAGUACUCAUAGGGAUCUUGGUGACUUUGAAUGCUGGGGAUUCCGCAGUGAAUGACCAGAAAGCAGCUUUGGGGAUCCUGCAGAGCCUAGCUGCCGGCACCAUUUUGUACGUGGCUUUCUUUGAAAUCAUGCAAAGGGAGAAGGAAAAGGCCUCGGGGCUGAAGGGGUAUUUCCAGAUUCUCUUCAUCAUCUUGGGCUUUUCCGCGAUGGCGUUGCUGGAAGCCUUCACACCCCACAGCCACGAACAUUGAGGAUGAUAUGAGGAUCAAGCGCAAAUUUCCUCCCCGCUCAUUGUGCACAAAAUGUUUUGUGUUCGGUGCAUUGGUUUUUUUUUCCGAGGUGCGUGUUUGAAUGCUGUGUGGUUUUGUAUGCUUGUUUUUUUUCGAAGGGCCUUGAUGUACUCAGAUCAGAGUUUGACAAUGCUCAUUAUUACGGAAAGUUGUAUUUCUCGGCUGCACUCAGUCUUCCUUAUUCUGGAACGAAGUUGGUCAAUUUUUUAUUGUUUUUUUUUUCUGAGUUGAACUCGAUUUUGAACGUUAUAUUGGGAGCCAAAGAUGUGAAGGGGUGGGCAUUGUUUUCCAAUUGCCUCACUCAUCCCGAGGCUGAUGGAUAUUAAAAAGAGAACAUUCCUUCACCGAGUUUUCCGG